UGAGAAGAUCUCAAUUUCCUUCAUUCGUUUUAUCCUGAAGUGAUUAUCCUUGUAAAUUUUUAUUUGCUAAACAUUAAGCUUACUACUUUCUACCAAAAAUCUAAAGUUCAAAUAAUUAUUCUCUGCUUUUUCCCAUAUGGAAAAAGGUGAGAAGGUCAAGAUAAUCUGACUAGCUUCUAACAAAGUUUGAAACUUUGUCAAACUUGUUUCUUCGCUUCCUGAAUUCCAUUAUGCAGAUCUUGCAAGGUGCCUGAUCAAGAGAUCCGUUAGAGCUACUGAGCUUGAAGUUACACACCCACAAUGGAAAACCCAAUGAAGCUUCGAUUAUUAGCAAUUGCCACCUUCAUCCUUCUGCACAAUCUUUAUCUCACAACUGCUGAUCUGAACUCUGAUGCCCAGGCUCUCUUUAAAUUUGCUUCAACAGUGCCACACCUAAGAAAACUAAACUGGAAUUCUACCAUCCCUAUUUGCACUUCUUGGGUUGGUAUCAAAUGCAAUGAUGAAGGAACAAGAGUUAUCGCCAUCCAUCUCCCAGGUGUCGGACUUUAUGGUCAAAUCCCUCCCAAUAGCAUCGGAAAACUAGACGCUCUCAGAAUUCUUAGCCUACGAUCAAAUUCUCUCAGUGGAACUCUUCCUUCUGAUAUACCAUCUAUUCCCUCUCUUCAAUCCCUUUACCUUCAACACAAUAACUUCUCUGGGGACAUUCCUCUUCCUCUUUCCCCUCAAAUAAGUGUAUUAGAUCUCUCUUUCAACUCAUUCUCGGGCAACAUUCCGCAGACAAUAAAGAAUUUGACCCGACUUACCUCAUUGAACCUCCAGUUCAAUUCCUUUUCCGGAGCUCUGCCUGAUCUUAACCUCACUAGGCUUCGGCUUUUUAAUAUUAGCCAUAACAUACUAAAUGGUUCAAUUCCCUUUUCCCUCCAGAAAUUUCCAGUUUCUUCAUUCGAAGGGAAUUCUUUCUUAUGUGGGCCCCCUUUGAGUCAGUGCUCAUCUUUGACCUCUUCUCCUUCUCCUUCUCCUAAUUAUCUUCCAUCCAUUCCCUUUCACUCGAUGAGACAUAAGAAACUCAGCACUGGUGCUAUUGUGGGCAUUGCUGUAGGAGGCUUCUUUCUCCUACUUUUACUUGCUUUUUUCCUGUUUUGCUGUUUAAAGAAGAAAAAUGAAGAUUCCGUUGGUGCGCUAAAAGUCCAAGCUGUCACUGCUGGGAAAAACGAGAAGUCCGAUGACUUUGGAAGUGGCGUGCAAGCAUCUGAGAAGAACAAGUUGGUUUUUUUUGAUGGAAGUGCUUAUAACUUUGAUCUUGAAGAUUUGUUGAGGGCCUCGGCCGAAGUUCUUGGUAAAGGGAGUUAUGGAACGGCUUAUAAGGCUAUCUUGGAUGAAGAAACAACUGUGGUGGUGAAACGGAUACGAGAAGUUGGGGUUCCUAAGAAAGAGUUUGAACAGCAUAUGGAGUUUGUAGGGAGGCUAGGAAGGCACCCUAACAUUGUGCCACUAUGCGCUUACUACUAUUCCAAGGAUGAAAAGCUUCUUGUUCACGAGUACAUGCACACCGGCAGCCUGUCCUCACUCUUGCACGGUAACAGAGGCAUAGGAAGAACACCACUAGAUUGGGACUCGAGAGUGAAGAUAUCACUUGAAGCUGCAAAGGGAAUUGCUCAUAUCCACUCAGAAGGAGGUGCUAAGUUCACUCAUGGUAACAUCAAAUCUUCAAACAUUCUUCUCACCCGAGACCUCGAUGGUUGCGUUUCCGAUCUGGGCUUAGCCCCCUUGAUGAACUUCCUCCCUGCAAAAUCUCGGUGCAUAGGAUACUACGCACCCGAAGUUAUAGAAACCCGGAAAUUCACUCAAAAAUCCGACGUUUACAGCUUCGGAGUUUUGCUUCUCGAGAUCUUGACCGGCAAAGCUCCUCUCCCUUCAUCUGGUCAAGACGAGGUGGUUGACCUACCGAGAUGGGUCCGGUCGGUGGUCCGUGAAGAAUGGACAGCGGAGGUGUUUGAUGUGGAAUUAAUGAAGCAACCACAUGUUGAAGAAGAGAUGGUGCAAAUGCUUCAAAUUGGGCUUGCUUGUGUGACUAGGGUCCCUGAUAUGAGACCAUCAAUGGAGGAAGUUGUUAAGAUGAUCAUCGAUUUACGACCAUCGGAUUCCUCCGAAAACCGACCGUCUUCCGAAGAUAACAGGUCUAAUGUUGUCACUCCAUGAUUG